AUGUGCCAAGUCAGGCUCGGCCCACGGACAAGCGUCCGGUUGCUUCAAAGUAAGGCGGACGCAGCGACACGGCAGAGGUGGUCUUCUGAGCCCCUUCACGCGCCGACGAUGCAUCGUGGUAGCCGUUUGGGCAUCACCGGCCUUGUGGUCGCGGUGGGGCUGCUGCUCUUGGGAUCCGCGACAGAGGCCGACCGCGGGAGCAACUCCGCCGCCGCCUUCGUCCAAAACGUCGUCUACUCCAACAGGAUCGCCAUCUUCUCGAAAUCCUAUUGCCCGUACUCUUCACGCGCUAAGCGAGUUUUCAGUGAGCUACAGGAGAAGCCGUUUGUUAUAGAGCUUGAUCUUCGGGAUGAUGGCCGAGAAAUUCAAAAUGUUCUGCUAGAUUUAGUUGGCCGCUACACUGUACCUCAAGUAUUUAUCAAUGGUCAACAUGUUGGUGGCUCAGAUGAAACUUUGGAUGCACUUGCAAAUGGUCAGCUUCAGAAACUUCUUGGGAAGAGUUCCAUAUAGUUAUUACCGGUGAUGCUAAUAACUGUAGCAAAGGUGGAAACAACAUACAAGUUCAUCUUCAGAUCAAAAAGCAAUCUUUUCUCCUGGAAUGUUUUGAUGUUUAUGCUCUUAAGUUUAGAGUGGCUGGAAUUAUAAAAUAUGCAGGAAUAUUGAUGAUCAUUUUGUACUAUUGCUAAUGUUACUGUCUCGGAAGCUCCUCAACAGAUACUUGUCAUGGCUAUGUGCAAUGUCUUAUUGUGGUAAAACAAGAUGACUUUUACAAGAAUUAUUCUCGAGGUUGCUUA